AAAUGACUUUCGGCUCUGAUAAGCUAAGCCCUAAACUCGCUUUGUUGGAUCUUCGAGUUCAAAAUUUGUCAUUUCGUGAAUUAUCAGAGAAGAUAAAAUGGUUCUGGCGUAAAAUCAGUUUGUAAGCAAUCUGCUUGAAAAACACAAGUGAAAGGAGUAUCAUCACCAGAUUCCAUUUGCCAAUCUCAAAAGACCUGCAGUAUGCAACUGGUAGAGAAACCAGUUCAGAGAUAACACUUGUUUAUUAAGAAUCAAACUGAAGAUUAAGCAGACGACAUUAAAUUCCUCUGACAAUGCUUUCAAGGAGUCUAUACCGAUUAAGAAACUUAUCCAAACUCAAUGGUCAUUCCUUCUAUAAUUCAAGUAGUUAUUUCAAACAUUCAGUUCUUAUUACAGCUUUCCAGCCCCUUCUUCACAACAAACCUUAUGCAACCACUACUCAGCAUCCAGCUUCUACUUCUUCUUUGAACCAAACUGAACUAGCUAAAUUUGCAGCUAUAGCUGAAAGUUGGUGGGAUGCAGAAGGGCCUUUUAAGCCAUUGCAUGUCAUGAAUCCUACAAGGCUAGCUUUUAUUCGGUCAACACUUUGCAGACAUUUUGGAAAGGAUCCAUUUUCUGUGAGGCCAUUUGAAGGACUAAAAUUUGUAGAUGUUGGUUGUGGAGGAGGUAUUUUAUCUGAGCCUUUGGCUCGUAUGGGAGCUUCAGUCACAGGAAUUGAUGCUGUGGAUAAGAAUAUCAAGAUUGCACGUCUUCAUGCAGAUUUGGAUCCUGUAGCUUCCUCAAUUGAAUAUCGGUGCACAACUGCAGAAAAUUUGGUUGAAGAGCAAAAGAAGUUUGAUGCUGUUAUUGCUCUAGAGGUAAUCGAGCAUGUAGCAGAUCCUGCUGAAUUUUGCAAAUCCUUGUCAGCAUUAACAGUGUCUAAUGGAGCUACUGUUAUCUCAACAAUAAACCGUUCUAUGAGAGCAUAUGCAACUGCAAUCAUUGCAGCAGAAUAUAUCCUGCAUUGGCUUCCAAAGGGUACACAUGAAUGGUCGAGUUUUUUAACUCCUGAAGAACUUGUAUUGACAUUGCAACGUGCUUCAAUUUCUGUUGAAGAGAUGGCUGGUUUUGCGUACAAUCCUUUGACUGGUCAAUGGUCUCUUAGUGAUGACGUGGGUGUCAAUUUCAUUGCUUUUGGGAUUAAAAACAGCGAAUAAUUCCUUUUUGAGCUAAAAUGAGUAGUUUGCAACUGUUCUGUGUAUCAAUAAGUUAUCCCUUUGAAUGCUCUUUGGGAAUACAGCUACAGUUUUUCCUUAGAAUCUUGCACAUUUUUGUUUGGCUUUGAAAAUACGUCUAACGGAUUGGAAUAUAAAUCAUGACAAAUAAAAAUUCUGUUAUUGAACUUUGUAAA